ACACACACAGACAUACUCACAGAGCCUAUACCUGCCUCAACUUGUCUGCUCUGCACAGAUGGCUCCUGGCUUUUGGGUUGCCUCAUUCUGAAGCCCCGUCCAGUUAGACCCUUUCUUCAGUGGAGACUGGCAAGCCGUGGGGUGAGAGAUUCUGCAAGGUCGCCUGUCCUCAGAGCAUGAAGGACGCUGCCCCGAAAGUGAAGAGGCUUAUAUUUAGUGUUUGGGCCCAGUCAGCGCUGGGCUCCCCACUGCCUCUCCUUUACAGAACUAUCAGUGGCCCCUGGUUGCAAAUCCUCUGUGGCUUUGAAGUUCACAGAACAAAAACUGAGAGAGUGUCCAAAAAGAAGAGAAGAAAACAUUGGUGUUGGUUCCUGGAUUCCACUAUUGGAUCUUGGUGGGAAUGAGAAGAGAGGACUGCCAGGCUUGAUCAAGCAAAGGUGCCUGAACAGUAAGUCCUUAAAGAAUGCGUUCCAGAAGCACUGACACAGAGGGCUCAGCCCUAAAGCAAUUUCCAAGACAUAGUAAAGACCACAGUUUCCAAGGGCCUGAAGACAUGAAGCAGAGGCAACGAGACAAAGACCCCACCAGUGAGUCGGAUGCAAGUCUACAUCCUACUUCACACAGUGAUAAUGGCCACCAAGGAGAAGACCUCUCAAGGGAUGACCUAUUAUUUCUUCUAAGCAUUCUGGAGGGAGAACUGCAGGCUCGAGAUGAAGUCAUAGGCAUUUUAAAGGCUGAAAAAAUGGACUUGGCUUUGCUGGAAGCUCAGUAUGGAUUUGUCACUCCAAAAAAGGUGUUAGAGGCUCUUCAGAGAGAUGCUUUUCAAGCAAAAUCUGCCCCUUGGCAGGAGGACAUCUAUGAGAAACCAAUGAAUGAGUUGGACAAAGUUGUGGAAAAACAUAGAGAAUCUCACAAACGAAUCCUGGAACAGCUUUUAAUGGUAGAAAAAUCUCACAGGCAAACCAUAUUGGAGUUGGAGGAAGAAAAGAGAAAACAUAAAGAAUACAUGGAGAAGAGCGAUGAGUUCAUAAGCUUACUAGAACAGGAAUGUAAAAGAUUAAAGAAGCUAAUUGACCAAGAAACUGAAUUCCAGGAGAAGAAGGAACAAGAAAAGGAAAAGAGGGUCGCCACCCUGAAAGAGGAGUUGACCAAACUGAAGUCUUUUGCUUUGAUGGUGGUGGACGAACAACAAAGGCUGACAGCACAGCUUGCCCUUCAAAGACAAAAAAUCCGAGACCUAACCACAAGUACGAAGGAAACACAUGCUAAACUAGCCCUUGCUGAAGCCAGGGUUCAGGAAGAAGAGCAGAAGGCAACCAGACUAGAGGAAGAACUGCAAACGCAGACCACAAAGUUUCACCAGAACCAAGAAGUAAUUAUGGCGAAGCUCACCAAUGAGGACAGCCAAAAUCGCCAGCUUCGACAAAAGCUGGCAGCACUCAGCCGGCAAAUUGAUGAGUUAGAAGAGACAAAUAGAUCUUUACGAAAAGCAGAAGAGGAGCUCCAAGAUAUAAAAGAAAAAAUAAACAAGGGAGAAUACGGAAACUCUGGCAUCAUGGCCGAGGUGGAAGAGCUCAGGAAACGUGUGCUAGAAAUGGAAGGGAAGGAUGAAGAGCUCAUCAAAAUGGAGGAGCAGUGCAGAGAUCUCAAUAAGAGGCUCGAAAAGGAAACAUCACAGAGUAAAGACUUUAAACUCGAGGUUGAAAAACUCAAUAAAAGGAUUAUGGCUCUGGAAAAAUUAGAAGAUGCUUUCAACAAAAGCAAACAAGAAUGUUACUCUCUAAAAUGCAACUUAGAAAAAGAAAGGAUGACCACAAAGCAGUUGUCUCAAGAACUGGAGAGCUUAAUAAGGAUCAAAGAGCUAGAAGCCAUUGAAAGUCAGCUGGAAAAGACAGAAUUCACCCUAAAAGAAGAUUUAACUAAACUGAAAACAUUAACUGUGAUGCUGGUAGAUGAACGAAAAACAAUGAGUGAAAAAUUAAAGCAAACUGAAGAUAAGUUACAAGCUGCUUCUUCUCAGCUUCAAGUGGAACAAAAUAAAGUGACAACAGUUACUGAGAAGUUAAUUGAGGAAACUAAGAGGGCACUGAAGUCAAAAACUGAGGUGGAAGAAAAAAUGUACAGUGUAACCAAGGAGAGAGAUGAUCUAAAAAACAAACUAAAAGCAGAAGAAGAGAAAGGAAAUGAUCUCCUGUCCAAAGUUAAUAUGUUGAAAAAUAGGCUUCAAUCAUUGGAAGCAAUUGAGAAAGAUUUCCUUAAAAACAAACUAAAUCAGGAUUCUAGUAAGUCCACAACAGCAAUACACCAAGAAAACAAUAAGAUUAAAGAGCUCUCUCAAGAAGUAGAAAGACUGAGACUGAGGUUAAAGGAUAUGAAAGCCAUCGAGGACGACCUCAUGAAAACAGAAGAUGAGUAUGAGACUCUAGAGCGGAGGUAUGCUAAUGAACGAGACAAAGCUCGAUUUUUAUCUGAAGAGCUGGAGCUUGUUAAAAUGGAACUCGCCAAGUACCAGUUAGCAGAAAAGACUGAGUCCAGCCAUGAACAAUGGCUUUUCAAAAGGCUACAAGAAGAAGAAGCUAAAUCAGGGCAUCUCUCAAGAGAAGUGGAAGCACUGAAAGAGAAAAUUCAUGAAUACAUGGCAACUGAGGACCUGAUAUGUCACCUCCAGGGAGACCAUUCAGUUUUGCAAAAGAAACUCAAUCAACAAGAAAACAGGAACAGAGAUUUGGGAAGAGAGAUUGAAAACCUCACUAAAGAGUUAGAGAGGUACCGGCAUUUCAGUAAGAGCCUACGACCUAGUCUCAAUGGAAGAAAAAUCUCUGACCCUCAAGUAUUUUCCAAAGAAGUGCAAACAGAAGCAGUAGACAAUGAACCACCCGAUUAUAAGAGUCUCAUUCCUCUGGAACGAGCAGUCAUCAAUGGUCAGUUUUAUGAGAGUGAGGACCAGGAUGAGGAUCCUAAUGAGGAGGAAUCUGUGCUGUCCUUCAAAUGCAAUUCAUCUAUUCCCUGUCCUGUUAACAGGAAGCUGUGGAUUCCUUGGAUGAAAUCCAAGGAGGGCCAUCCUCAGAAUGGAAAAAUACAAACUAAACCCAAUGGCAACUUCGUGCAACCUGGAGAUCUAGUCCUAAGCCACACACCUGGGCAGCCGCUUCAUAAAGUUACUCCAGACCACGUCCAAAACACAGCCACUCUUGAAAUCACAAGUCCAACCACAGAAAGUCCUCACUCUUACACAAGUACUGCGGUAAUACCAAACUGUGGCACCCCAACAAGGAUAACCAUCCUCCAAAAUGCCUCCAUAACACCAGUGAAAUCCAAAACCUCUGCCGAAGGCCUCAUGAAUUUAGAGCAAGGCAUGUCCCCAGUUACCGUGGCAGCCUUUGCCAGAGCACAGACCCCAGAGUCUAGUGGUUCUAUAACUCCAGAAAGGACAAUGUCACCUAUUCAGGUUUUGGCUGUGACUGGUUCAGCUAGCUCUCCUGAGCAGGGACGCUCCCCAGAGCCAAUAGAAAUCAGUGCCAAGCACACAAUUUUCAGAGUCUCCCCAGACCGGCAGUCAUCAUGGCAGUUUCAACGUUCAAACAGUAAUAGUUCAAGUGUGAUAACUACUGAGGAUAAUAAAAUCCACAUUCACUUAGGAAGUCCUUACAUGCAAGCUGUAGCCAGCCCCGUGAGACCUGCCAGCCCUUCAACACCACCGCAGGAUAACCGAACUCAAUGCUUAACUAACGGAGCACUAAACAAAACAACCAAUAAAGUCACCAGCAGUAUUACUAUCACACCAACAGCCACACCUCUUCCUCGACAAUCACAAAUUACAGUAAGUAAUAUAUAUAACUGACCCUCAUCCAGUGUAUACUGAUAUUAUUGCAAAGAACUCAACCCUCUUUAAUAAUCCCUCCACAUCCCCCAGAGACUGACUGAACUUGUACUUUGGGAAGGUUUGUGCAUGAACUAUUCAAGAGUAUCUGAACUAACUGUUGCCUGCAUAGUCAUAUCAAGUGUGCACUUACUGUAUAUCUUUUCAUUUACAUAGCUGUAUGGAAAACAUGUAGUCUGCACUUGUAUAAAUACAUCUUUAUGUAUUUCAUUUUCCAUAACUCACAUUAAUUUGAUUGCAACUUGUUUUGGUGAAAUACUUUAACAUUAUAAAGCAGUAAAUAAUUUGUUGUUUUUACCAUUGCUUGCUGAAUUUUCUUUGGUCAUUUUGUGUUAAAUUUUUGCAUGUACAGUAGAAUUUUAUUUCCUGUUCAUAAUGUCUAUUAAUUCUUCCUGAAAAAAAAAAGAACAAACAACCUACUUCCCAUUUACAGUCAACUUUUGAUCAUAUAUCAGAGGAAGUGAAAAGUUUAAAUAAAUAAAAAUUUAUGUCUCUUUGAUUUCAAUGUGAACGAUAAGAUCUCUCAGGAGCAAACUUAGCUUCAUGAUUGAGAUGUGUCUCAAUGUCUUUGGGGCCCAGCACAGUGCUUGGCAUGUGUUAGGAACUUAAUGUACUGAUAACAACUGAAUAAAAUAAUAUUAAAUAAUUAGCUUUUGUGAGCACAUGAACUGAUGGUGAAAGUAAAAAGAUUUGAAAUGUGCCAGGAAGCCAGAAAAAGCACAUUUGGAAAUACAAGUUACCUUGACAAUCAAGAGUUGACUGUAUUUCUACCAUAGAUGAAAAUCUCCAUAAAAUAUAUAUGCAUACAUUCAAACCAAGAAUCAGCUACUAUGACAUAUACUCUUGAACAUUCUACUUCAAAGCAAAAAUGUCAUUUUUGUUCCUUUUUCCUAUUCAGUUCCCCAAAUCGUUUGGAUUACUUAAGGUAGGUGGCUCCCCACCUUGCUUGUAAGUGGGCUGCCUUUAGAAGCUUUCAACUUAAUUGUGUCUUUUUUUUAACCUCAAGCAAAUAAAAGCCAAAGAAAGUUACAAACACCAGUUAUAGAAAAGGAAUGUUUUAAAAAGAUCUUCAAGUAUGUUAAGGAUGUUUCUUCUGAUUAUUGUUAUGCCACUUAAGCCACUUGUAAGGUAGGUGAUAAAAUCUCAUCCAAGGCAGCCUUAAAAAAUCUGAUACCCAGCUCAUGGGAGUCUCUGAGCAUAAUCCAUACUUCUGUAGCAGAGAACAACUUUCAAAGGAACAUUUUAAAUUAUAAAUCUAGUCCCCAAGUCAAAUUCCAAAGAGAUGGUUUCAAAGUAACUCAUUACCAUUUUCCCUUUUCCAACCUCUUGUUAAUUUAGUAUCGUUAAUGUUAUUGCUAGUUAUUGAUUUUAAAUACAAUUCAUUUAGACACUCAGGCAAACUAUAAAGAUCUUUAGAAGUAAAAGAAAUCUUUCACAGUUACCCUCCUUUUCCCUGUAAAAUCAGUUUCAUGAUAGCAAAGCAAGGAUUUGUUGACAGAAACACUUCCAUGGUGAUGAACUAUAACACCAAUGCUGUGGGCUUGCAUCAUCAUUAAAUAAAUUUGGAUGAACGUUUAGGCUAGUGAUGAAUGAGAAAGCUUCUGUUUAAACACAUUUAUCUUGGGAAUCGGCAGUCACCCAACUGUAUUACAAAAUACAUGAUGGCCUAAAUGUUUUUCCAAACUAUUUUUAUUUUUAAGUCAUCUUGGGCUAGAACUUUAGAAGGAACUGAGUAUUUCAUUUUACAUAUUGCAAAGUAGACGUUGAUAAUGCUGCUGUACAAGAUGUUUUUCUAGAUAAUAAUCAAGAGAGGGUACUGAUUUUGAAGGGUAUUGAUCAACUGACCAUAAAAUUAUUAACAGAAACUAGAAAGAAUUAAAGGACAAGGUCUUUCCAGGGCUUCCCAGCCUUUGUCACAUAAUGGCACAAACAGAAAAAUUGUUUCCAUGGCCCUCGGGGAAAUGGAUGAAGAAACAGAGAUGAUCAGCCAAGGACCCCUGUCACCACCAGGUUUCCUCUGGCUGCCCCAGUUCUGAGGGGAAGAUUGACUCUUGACACACCUGUAAUUAAGAGAGUUUGAGAAGCUCUGGGCUAUUUAUUAGUCCUUCCAUUUUAUAAGGAUUCAACAUUUUUAUCCUAUGUGAGCCAGGGCAAUUCACUACAAUAAAGUUCAUACCACAAGUCCAUCAUAAUGCACAGAUUCUCAUUUACCAUCUGUUCCAGAUAUUAACUAUAAACAGACUUCCCAAGUGAUUAACAUUAUUGGAUUUACUGAACUUUCAAGGAACCAAUCUCUUUUUUAGAUUCCUGUACUGGCAGGAUUACUUCAGUAUAAUAAUUCAUAUCAGCAUCAAUAUUUAGGAGCACUGUCAGAUUAAUAACAUAUACAGAUUAUUCAAAGUGCUACUAAUUAAAGCCUAUUGUAAAGAGAGCAUCAUUUCUAAGAGAAAUCAUUUCUAUUUCUACAAAAUCAUCCCUAAAAUCACAUUCUAGAUUUGUAAACUCUAAUUUAAAAAACAAUUUGUUUACAUCUGUGUGUGUGGUUACAGAGCUUACUUUUUCACCCACAUAUAAUCACAGAAGAACCCUGAAAACUAGGAAGGAGAGAGGAAGUGACACUAAAAAAUCCUGGUAUGAGACAUGUGAGGGUGGAGGGUUGCAUUCUUGGAAAAAAGGCCCAGGAGAGGGUCACAGAAGAUAGAUUGCUUUUAUAUACAUCUGAAGAAAAUAGUAUCUUCCUUUCACUGGUCAAAGUCCCAGUUUCAGAACCAAGCUUCAUUUCACUCAUCUCUCUUUCUCUUUAACUUUUUGAGCUGUGGCAUCCUAUCAGAUUUGAAUGAUUUUACCACAUUCUUCUUUCCGUUUAUGAACAAUGGCAAAACUUUCCCUUCAAGGAUGCACUAUUCUCUGGAGGUACUGAUGAAAAUAAAAUCAUUGUGCUCACUAGAAGGACAAUGUACAUUACUGUAGUUGGAUCUUUACAUAUAAAGGAAAGUCUCUAUGCUUGUUCAAGAUGAUGACUGGAUUCCACGAACUCUGGAGGUCUCUGUAACUACAGUUCACACUGCCAAGACAUUCUAUGUGGGGUCUUUAGGACAUCUAAAAGUUCAUUUUAUCCUUAGGUUGCACUGUGAGAUGGCCAUAAAAGAGAUAUUUAAUUAACAU